AUGGCCAAGGUUGCAACCGACUUCGAGAAGAUCAUUAACGAAGGGCGAGAGAGGAAGAAGAACGAAGCACUGGCACAGAAGAUUUUCUCCAAGGACAGAAGGCAGAGCGCCCCAACUAAACUCAAGCCCGGCGUAGGCCCCUCGCUGGCUAGCAGAAUUGGUGUCAAGAAGCAGCGCACCGUGUCUCUCGGCCCCAAGGCUGUCCCCGCCGGUAACAUUGACGGCGAUUGGACCCACGAUCUUCAUGGCACGGUAACCGGCGGUGGCGUAGGAAGACGAGGCGGCGCCGGUCCCGGCGGUCUCGCAGCGCGCAUCUCGGCUCCCGGAAGCAAGCCUACCGCAGCAGGAACAAACAACAGAAGAGGCGAUCGACGCACCGAGCAGAGGGCUGCCAGGGUGGCCAAUGCAAUUGAACGCACUGAUGCCAUGGCCGAUGUGCAGAUGACAUCUGCCGCCCCGGCCAAGAAGGGUCUUUCGAUCCGGGGUCUUGCGGGCCCGUUUGCCGUUAUGGCGCACAACUUUGCGCCGGGAACGACGGCUGCCGAUAUUGAAAGCGCGAUGACGCCUGUUGGCGGAGAAAUGCUUAGUUGCAGAAUGGUCAAGUCAAGCCCACUCCUUGUAGCGGAGAUGGUGUUUGCUACUAAAGAGGGUGGCGAUGCCGUUAUCUCUACAUUUAACAACCAGACGGCCGAUGGCCGUAUUAUCAAAGUCUACCCCAAACCUGGCGGUUACAAGGAGCCCGCCGCGCAGCUGAACGCAAAUGGGUCUCGCAACGCAACCCGCUCGACGUCGAACAAUGUCAUUGACGGCUCCAACGGCUUCCCCGAGCCCAUGGAGUCCGACAACACCGUAGCUUCUAGCGGUCUCUACAGUGAUAAGCUUGUUGGUGGAGGUAACGGUAACGGUAACGGUAACGGCGGCGGCGGCGGCGGCCGCAGAGGGCGCGGCUGGAACCGUGGUGGACGACGAUGA